AUGCCUAAACCUGGUUUAAAAUUAAUUUUCGAUGCGUGGGGGAAAAUCCAAAGACACCCCAUCGUCAUAUACUUUGAUUUCGAGGCAAUAUUGGAGAAGACGGAUGAGAAGAAAGGAAGCAGUACUAGCGUAAUCCAAAACCAUAAACCGAUGUCGUAUGGGAUUUUCGUGAAGGCGGCCGACCAUGUCCCAACCGGAUUAUUAGAAGAAUUUGAAAUACUUACUGAACCGAUUAUUUACCGUGGAAAUGAAGAAGAAGAGACCGAUGUAGCGAAAUAUUUUGUAGAAGCGGUAGUGGAAAUUAGUCAGCAAGUCGAAAAAUUAUUAAAGACUAAUAUAACAAUUAUUAAGACGGACGAAGAGCGGGAGAAUCAUUUCACCUGUGAAAAAUUUAAUUUAUGUAAAAAUAAAUUUUCUUUUACAAAUUAUAAAGUCGCUGACCACAACCACUUGUCGGGCAAAUUUAGGCAAACCCUGUAUAAUACUUGUAAUCUGAAAUUACAAGUACCUAAAUUUGUACCAUGCUUUUUUCAUAAUCUUUCUAAUUACGACUCACAUUUUAUCGUCAUGGAGCUGCGUUAUGACGCGCAAACGAUUUCCGUUAUUCCUAACAGCGAAGAGAAAUGUAUUUAA